AUGACAGCUACCCAGAAACACUACCUCUUCACGCCGGAACCCCACUACGUCCCGGGCUAUGCCGGCUUCUACCCGCAGCUGCGCUACCAGGUGGGCAACACCUACGGGCGGACCACGGCCCAGCUGCUCACGGACCCCAGCGUGCAGAAGAGCCCGUGCUCCGUGCUGUCCCCCAUCUCCAAGCCCAAGUUCAUCGAGGACUUCAGCACCUCCAAGCCGCCCCCGACCCCCUGCCGGGACCUGGCCGAGCCCUACGUCCCCCACUACACGGGUCUGAAGCCCUUCAAGAACUUCGAGAUCCUGGGCAAGUUCUCCCUGCCGGAGGCGGAGGCGGAGGCGGCGGAAGGGCCCCCGGGGGCAGAGAGCGCGUGCUGGGAGGUCCCGCUGCCUCCGGGCUUCAUGCCCUAUCCACCCUACGCCCCGUGCCCGCCGGGCAGGAAGACAGUCCCCAGGGGCCUCGGGCACCCGGGCCUGCGGCUGGCGUACGGGGAGGAGGCCUGGAGGACCAUCCCCCUGCGCGAGGCCCCUGGGCAGUACCAGCUGUACCACUGCAGGAGGGACGAGUGCCCCAGCCCGGGCCACCAGGAGGAGACCCUGGACGUGGGCAGGUUCCAGAGGCUGCCCCAACUGGACCACCCCAACCUGAUCCAGCGCAAGGCCAUCUCAGGCUACGCCGGCUUCAUCCCCCGGUACGCCUGGGUGAUGGGCAUGAACUUCCGCAAAGGGGUCAUGCAGGCCAUGGACGAGUUUGACAAAAGCCAGUUCCUGUCCAGAAACCCCAUCUGUGCCCUGGGCAGGAGGCUGCCCCGGACGUACUGGCCCAGCAACACCAUCUCCAACAGCCAGGGCCUGAUUCCCUUCUACAUGGGGUUCAUCCCGUACAUGCAGGACCACUACGGGAUGACCUUCGGCAACAGCACGCGCAUGGCCUACCGGAAGGAACGGGAGCGGAAGCACCGGGCACUAUGA